AUUUUUUUUAAUUGCAUUGUUGUUGAAUUUCAUUACUCCUUCUAAUAUUGUUAUUUAUUGUUGAUGAGGAGUUUCCUUCCUUCAACCAUUUGAUAUACUUGAUAACAUUGAUAGUGAUUAUACACUUUAGUGGUCUUUACUCGAGUUUACCUUUUGUUUUGAAGAUUGUUAUUAGUGUUUCGAGAAUUUGAUAAAGUUUCGAAAACAAUCAUCAUGUGCGGAAUAAUUUUCAAGGCUAUCUUAUGUUUUGGCGUUCUCGCUGUUGUAGCUCAUGCUACUGGCCAUGGAGGUCACAGUAAUACUCACAGAAAACAAGAUGCUUGGGGCAACUACGAAUUCGGUUAUGAUAUUGUCGAUCCUUGGGGAGCCAAAAACUACCGCCAAGAAUCUGGUGAUGGCUGGGGAAACAAAUGGGGCUCAUAUGGUAUCCGCGACUCCGAUGGUAGAUUGAGAAUUGUUGAAUAUGUAGCUGAUGGUCAUGGAUUCAGAGCUAAGAUCAAGACCAAUGAACCAGGUACUUCUAACAAAGACUCUGCCGCAGCAAUUUACAAUGGACCCGAUGCUCAUGGAUACAGUCACGAUGUAGUUAAAUCUGGUUCCGUUGCUCCUCAUUUCAACCAUGGUUCAUACAAACAUGAACUCAAACACGGCCAUGGUGGUCACGAUGGUUAUGACAAAAUCCAUCAUGCCCCUGCUCACCAUGAUGCUCACCAUGAUGCUCACCAUGAAGCUGAUUAUGGUCAUGAUGGUUGGUCUCAUGAAGUUAAACAUGUUCCAGUUCAUUCUUACAAACACAAAGAAGUUGACCAUUACCCAUCAUACCAUCAUGAACCUUCACAUCAUGGACAGUCACACUAUGAACCUUCUCACCAACAUGAAUCUGGUUGGGGUUCAUCAGCUGAUAAUCAUGAUGGCUAUGGUUAUGGCGGCGACUUAGCUGGUUAUGGAAAUCAUUAUUCACUCAGAUACCUUCGUCAUAAGAAGUAAACUAGCUAAUUUGAAGAAAAAACAACAAUGAUGGCCAAUUAAAUGAAACAAUCUAAUUAAAUUAGCAAAGAAAGCAAGUUAAGAGCUGUUUAAUUGAGAUCAUCAACAACAUCAUCAUCAAAAAUCGAUCAACCAUGGUUGAUUGGAUUGACUGUUCGUGAAUAAUUACUCAGUGGACCAUUUCACCCAUACUUUCACUUUUCAUCAACUCCAUCAUCAUCCUUCCAUUAAACUGAUUAUGGUCAUUUGGAACAAUCAUUGAUGAUUAUUGUAGAUUACUAAUUUUGAAAUAUUUUUUCAAACCCAUGGACAGCCAAGUUGACAGUGUUUAUUUGUUAUUAUUUGUUUUGAUUGUUUAUUUCCUUCUCACCUGACUUGACUAAACUUGUAAAUUAUUGUAAUUGAAACACAAAACUUCCGGAUUCAAUUGUUAUAAAUUGUCUCCAUCGAUUGAUUGUUUAUGUUAAUGUUAACUCUUUUGUUCGUUACCAAAUUCAUUUCACUGUAAAACAUCAGCAAAACAAACGCAUAUUGUUCUGUUUCAUCUUCGCUCUUUAUUAAUUUUAGAUUUUAAUUGUGUAUAAUGAAAAUAAAAAAAAUCCUAUAAAUAUUGUGAUUAUUUUAAUAAAUGAA